UUCCCCUCCCCCGCACUCCACUCCGACUCUGUUCCAGCGCAAAACCCCUCUUCUUCGACAGCAGCAGCAGUGAUCAGGCGGCGCCGGGGAGUGGGGGAAGAGCAGGCAGCCAGUCUCCCGCCGGCCGAUCGCGACGAGCCUCGCCUCGUCUCUGCUCUGCAGGGUCGCAAUGUCGAUCUCGGCCUCGUCCGUCGGCAGCAGCGGCGCGCCCCCGCAGCCUUCGUCCCGCUCCUCCAUCACCGCCGCCGCGGCCACCGGGAAGCACCAGCUCAAGAUCGACAGCUACUCCCUCACCACGGCGGUGCCCCGCGGCGCCCACAUCAAGUCCUCCAAUUUCCAGGCCGCCGGCUACAGCUGGUACAUCAACUACUUCCCCAACGGCUGCGGCCACCUGCUCAAGCGCGCCCGCGGCUACGUCUCCCUGCAGCUCGUCCUCGACGGCGUCUCCGCUGACGGGGCCGUCAAGGCGCAGUUCACUCUCUCCCUGCUCAACCAAACCGGCCAGCCGGCCCCGGAAACCGUACGCAAGAGCCCCGUGCAUAAGCUCGCCGGGGGGUGGUGGUUCUACAGGUUCAUCAAGAAGGAGGAGCUGGAGCGCCCCGUCCGCGGGCUCCUCAGGGACGACGGCUUCACGCUCCAGUGCGAGGUCGUCGUGCUCAACAGGUUCCGCGCGGUGAAGACGGCUCCCUUCGUGGAGGUGCCGCCGCCCGACCUGCCGCGCCACCUUGGGGAGCUGCUCUUGAGCGGGGAGGCCUCAGACGUCACGCUCCAGGCCGGCGGGGUGAGGUUCCAUGCUCACCGGUGCGUGCUCGCUGCACGGUCGCCGGUCUUCAAGGCGGAGCUCCUCGGCUCCAUGAAGGAGGGUACCAGCAACUGCGACAUACACAUCGAGGACAUGGAACCACGCGUGUUCAAGGCCGUGCUGCAGUUCAUGUACACCGACGCACUGCCGGAGGUGGACAAGAAAGAGGAAGCCGCCAUGUCGCAGCAUUUGCUUGAAGCGGCCGACAGGUUUAACCUCCAGAGGCUGAAGCUCUUGUGCGAAGACAGGCUGUGCGGGUGCAUUGACACAGGCUCGGUAGUGACCACCCUCGUGCUGGCUGAGCAGCACGGCUGUCAGGGGCUCAAGGAGAAAUGCUUCGAGUUCCUCAAGUCCACAAGUCUGAGUGCGGUCAUGGCAACAGAUGGCUUCAACCACCUGGCAAGUAGCUGCCCCACCGUGCUGGACGAACUCACGUCCAAGCUCACUCUUCACUGAUAUGGAAAGCUUCCAGUAGUAGUGGUAGAAUGGUAGCUGCAGAAGCAUGUUUCAGUACUGCGCAUCAGGACACCAGCAAGUCUUUUGCAUCAUUGUUGUCAUCAAAGAUGAGAUGUACCUCUGGGUCUCUGCUCUGUUUGGUCCUUCUGUUUGCAGCAUUAGUUGUGAAUCUGUGAUUCCAAGGUACCCAUUCUGCAGAACCAUAUGUGCCCACCUGAUGAAUUCUUGCUGCU